UUACACAUUUUUUAUCGCCGAGCAGCGGCUCUGAUAAUAAAGUUGUCUGCAUGUGUUCGUACAUCAGACAGACAUAUCUGAAGUGGUAAGCGGGUCAAGAUUAUUUUCGAAUUUUCGCCGUGCGGCGUCUUGACUAUAUACUAGCCACAUAUACGAAACAUAUUUAAAUACGUAUUUAUUCAAAUAUAAUUGUUUGGCCGGGUGUAUCUUGAGGAUACCAAGUUCCAUCACAGCGUAUAAUGACGGUUCGAAUAGAUAACUUAUCUACUCCAUUAGGGAGGGCUUAAAAAGUAUAAACAGAAGCACAGGAAGGGGCAAUUUCGGGUCGAAACAGUUGAUGGUGCUUCUUCGUGGCUAUUGGUGGACAGCGCCACAGUCGCCGUCCACCUCCCACCACCCACCACCCACAGGCGCCUGCCCCGCCCUCCCGUUUGGGAACCCCCAACCGCUAGGCGAUUGGCAGCCGUCCACACGCUGCCACCUAUUAGGCUAUUAGAACAAUUGAAGAGUGUGUGGGAGGGCAUCUGGCUGGCACUGAAAAGUGUCUUGUUAGCUGCGCUGAUAAACUUGCGAAUUCUGAGUUUCGAAUUCAGCAGUUCUCUAUUAUUUUCCCACGCUCCUCUCCUCCAGCGACACUCAUGGAUAACUCCGCAGUACCAUAAAACAGAACCCGAGCUCCGGCCGAUUGUCAAAGUUGGCGAAAAAUAUAAAAAUAAUAAACAGCAGGAUUCCAUGGAAGCUACGUUCGUCUGGAGAGGGGUCUCUGUUUUCUCGAAUAUUCAGAUUGCCGGAUAAAGUGCAGAGGCAUCAAAACCAUCUCUCUGCUCUGCCCUCGCAGGUGGCCUAAGCUGCUGCUGGCAGCAGUCUGGUCAAGUAAACAAAAACGCUGAUCGGAGCUCGGCUGCGGACCCUUCUGAUCAAUCAGAUUGGAAUCUAACGCCAUUUUGUUCAUCAUUUUUGGCCAAAAUUCACCGUAGAGCUCAGUUGGCAUUUCUGAGACGGACUGCCCCUAGUGGUGUCGAAUGGCGCCCGUGACGCAACCAAGCCCCCCCUUAUUUAGAAACCUGAGCGGCAGCAUGGACGCCAUCGAAGACUCAAGAAAAGCAGUGCCCCGCUUGGGGAUGCGACACCUGCAGGCGGUUCUUCUCUUCAUCGGACUGGCCGCCAACACAAUCCUGCAGCUGAACGUGGGCGUGGCAGUGGUGGCCAUGACGAACACCACCACGGCCGGCGAUGGCGACGGCAGCGAGGGGGAGAACGAACGCGACAUCCCCCAAUACAACUGGACCGAGGUGCAAAAGUCCUACAUCCUGUCUAGCUUCUACUGGGGCUCUGCGCUGGCCCAGUUCCCCGCCGGCUACUUGUGCAAGCGGUUCGGCUCCAAGGCGGUCCUCUUCUGGGGAACGCUGGGGUCCUCGCUGCUGAGCGCCCUCACGCCCCACGGAGUCUACGCCGCCGGCUGGCAGGCGUUCUGCGCGAUCCGGCUGUUGCAGGGCCUGUGCCAGGUCACCUGGCCGUGCAUCCACCAGCACCUGGCCAACUGGUGUCCCGAAGCGGAGCGGACGCGCCUUGGUGCCUUCGCCUACACCGGGUUCGACUGCGGCAACGUGCUGGCCAUGUACGCGGCUGGCAUGAUAGCCAGCUCGCCCCUCGGCUGGCCCGGAAUCAGCUACUCGGCGGCCACCCUGGGUCUGGUGUGGUGCGUGCUCUGGCUGUUCCUGGGAGCCAGCAGAGUGACCGAGGCCCGAUGCAUAGGCGAGGUGGAGAAGUGCUACAUCCUCGGCGACCUGCAGCGGUCGGAGAGAAAGGAGCCGCGGUCCAAGAAGAUGCAAAUACCCUGGAGGGGAAUCUUCACGUCGGCUCCCGUGUAUGCCUUACUCUGUGCCCGGUGUGCUGACACUUGGGGCCUGUCCACCAUGCAGCAGGAGCUGCCGGCGUACUUGAGCGGCGUCCUCCGGCUGGACAUGCAAAGCAACGCUCUCUUCUCUGCCCUGCCCUUCCUCCUGAUGUGGGGCAUGUGCUACGUUUACUUGUUAAUUGCGGACGUGCUGCUCCAGAAGAAGUGGCUCGGCUUGACGGCGCUGAGGAAGACCUACACCUCUAUAGCGCUGUGGGCGCCAGCCUCCAUAAUGCUGGCCCUCGGCUUCGUAGGCGAGGGCCACCAGAACCUGGUCCUGCUCCUGAUAACUCUUAGCGUGGGCGUGAGCAGCGCCGCCACCAUCGGCACCGAGCUGAACACCAUCGACUUGUCCCCGAACUACGCUGGUAUCCUGGCGGGGAUCAUCACUAGCUUCACCAAUCUGGUGGCCCUACUGACGCCCCUGGUGGUCGGCGUGCUGGUGACCGAUUCCAGGGAGCGCGGUCAGUGGCAGGUGGUCUUCUGCCUGGUGGCCGGGGUGCUCUUUGCCGGCAACGUGAUCUUCCUGAUUUGGGGCACUGCUGUGACCCAGCCGUGGAACGAAGCGCCGGAGUUGAGGGGCGAACUGGAGCCGGAGGAGAAGCCGUUUCAGCUGCCCGCCCAGGAGGUGGCCGACAAUGGAAUAGGUUUAAGGAUAAAUUGUAAAAACCCCUGAGACUUACAAUUAAAACUCUUUUCAAAACUA